GUCCGCCAUGUUCUCCACACGGUAAACAUUCUAACCUCAAUUACGAUUGUGAAUCUAUCAAUGAAUAAUAACUUCGGGGCGGCGAAUCCGUGAUUCGCUGCCGUUGUUUUUAUUAUUUUGAUAUUCAGUACAACAACGAAAAUGAACUCCUUCGGAGUCAGAAUAUCCCCCAGAGGAUUGAUUCAGAGCACUUUUGCAAGGCUCCAAUCAACAACUACAAGUACCCCUUCAAGCUCUUCGACUCCUGAGAUUCAAAUACCGGUGAAAAAGCAACGGGGACCCACUGAUAUUCUUCAAGCACUUGAAAAAACUAUUUCUCGUGAUUCAACGGCGCCCAAAUAUAAAUACCAAGACGAUCCUUACCUCAUUCCUUACUCGAAUUUUCAGAAGAGAGCGUUUGCUCUAGCUCAGGAGUCCGGCCGAAAAACAGCUAUGUGGAUUCGUACUGAACAUGCAGACCUUUUCCAGCACAGGGUUGCUGAGCCAAUUAUUGAGGAAUUUCUACCGAAAGCAGUAUAUAAAGACAAGGAAGCUGUCUCUGAAGAAAUAUUGAAAAAGGUGAUACAGGAUGGGCAUAAAACUGAUGCCAUUGCGAUUUACGAAUUAUUGGAAGAGCAAGUAUCAGAUGAAACCAAACAGUCUCUUCUUGAACUACUUUGUUACUACAACAAUGAGGAGAAGUUCCCUGAGGAAUGGCUGGAGGAGAAGUGGUUCAGAAGGUCCGAAAAAUCUCAAGGUUGGAAAUAUUGUCCUGUAACCGACAAACUCUUUGCCACUCUGAAGGAGAAAGACGAAGCUACAGCUGCUAAAGCAUAUAGUGCUAUGAUCUGUGGACAAACUAAAUUCAUGAAGAUCGAUGCUGUUUGGAAUCUCUUCCAAGAAGCUGAGAAAAAAAACUAUCCAAUAGCACUAGAGGCCUACAAUCAAUUGAUUGGAAUGAUCUCUUACUGGAAAGAUGGUUCACGAGAACGUUUGGCAUUGUUGACUGAUAUAUAUGGCAAGCUAAAAAAAAAUUGCAUUCAGCCAAACACAGAAACAAUGAAUAAUUCGUUAAAAUUAGCGGCCUCUGUUCAGAGAUAUUCAUCUGCUAUGGAAAUUUGUAAAGAUAUUUUUACAGAGUUCAAAACUGCAGGUGUAAAACCAUCAUUAACGUCUUAUCAUUACGUUUUGGUGAUUUUUUACAAAAAAAUGGAGGCCGGCGCUAAUCUAAGUUCUAUUCUUCGAGACAUAAUUGCAGAUCUUGAAGGAAGGAAAGAGUUAAAAGUGGAAAAUUCAAUGGACACAUAUUUCUUCGUGACUGCAAUGGAUGUAGCGGCGAAUUAUUUUCAGGAUCCAGUACUUGCUGAUAGAAUUCAUAAACUUCUGCUCACUCAGGAAAAUUACAAAUUACUAGGAGAUGGAUUCAAAGAAAGUUUAUACUACCGCCACUAUUUCCACGUUCAAGUAAAGAAUAAUAGCCUCGACGAGUUUAUGAAAUCAUACUAUGACCUUCUAGUUCCUCACGUUUACACACCAGAGCCCAAUAUCAUGAAUGAAAUUCUUCAAGCAGUGGGUGCUAAUGAUCCUGAAAUGAGUACUCCUGUGCUUCCAAGAUUGUGGACACAUAUGGUUCAGUUUAACUAUCUUGAGAGAAAAGAUUUGGUCUCCAAUGCUCUGCAAUUGAUGACAACACAUUGUACACCACCGAAAAACUCACCAAUUCAUAAAAUGUAUGCAGAUGCUGCUUGGACGGUCUGGGACUUUGUUAUGACCCAGAAAAGCAAAAGGGUUCAACAGAUAACUUGGACGGGUCCCAUUCUCGGCGACGUGGCUGUUUUAUGCCUUCGCGCCGAGGAGGUCGAUAAAUGGACGAUGAUUAUUACUUUCUUGUUCAACGAGCAGAAUUCAAUUAUCGGGCCACUAUCUGCUGCCCAAAUUGAUGAACUCUUCAACGGGUGCCUUCUUGGAGGACAUGCACAAUCUGCAAUGGAUUUAAUUCAUUACUGUUCAGACAUUGGUUUCGAAAAUGUCCCUUCAAUGGCUCAUAAACUUCACAUCAAUCUACCUCUCUUGGACCAUCAACUGAAUCGUUUGAAGAGUUUGGUGGAUCCGGAAGUGCUGAAAGUACGAUCAGAAGAUUUAAGAUAAGUCCACCUUACCGUUUCUUUGUGUCAGGAAAUAGAAAGAGAAAAAAUAAUCGAAGCAAUAACCAAUCGAUAUUGAAUUUGUAAUGCCUCAAUGUAAAUAAAUAAAUAUUGUGACAGGA